CUGAGACUGAGCUCCUGUGCGCGCGAGCUCUGGUAGCAGCUCAACCUCCUCCUCAUCCUGCAAACAUGUCGCAUGAGCUUCUCCUCACACGUUUCUUUUCUUUCCUUUUUCUCCCACUGCCCUUCACAGUUCGCCGAAUUUGGUUAAAUUAGCCGCUUUCACAGCGGGGAAUAGCUAUCCUCGUCCAGGCACACGGACGCCCCCUCCCCACAACGGAGGUGUUUAAACUCUCAACCGGGCGCAUUCUCCCUCUUUCUCUCUCUCUCUCUCUCUCUCUCUCUCUCUCUCUCCAACCGCCGCAGAACUCUGCCGACCAACCGUCAGGUGACCGCGCUGAGCGGAAUAUUCACCCGCACGGCCGUCGACUUUCAUCCCUUCACUCCUUUGGACUCCAGGCAACCGGAGCUGCCGCAGCCCCAGUCCCCCCCUGUCUCCUCUCAUCCGGUUUGGGACAUUCUCCGCUCCACGCACACACAGAUUAACGGGGAUUCUGCCUCCCCACCCGCGCUGAUGCUGAUGUCCUUGAGCUCGGCCUGGACGGUCCUGAUGUAGCUACUUCUGAACUGGCUCCACAUCCUGUCUCUUAUUUAUCAGCCGCCUCUGCCUUGAUCGCCUCUCUCUCCAUCCAUUCAUCACUCCUUCAUCCCCAUCAGUAAGCCCAACAGCUGGUCCACUUAACCGUACCUGCAUCUGUCCAUGGACUGGCCGUGACUCUGGAGGGAGGGGGACAGAAACAAGGAAAGAGUGGAGUCGCAGAGGAGACGACGGAAAAGAAAGUUGGAUUCAUUCAGAUGUCACGCUUCUGAAGUGGCCCUGCUCGCUGUCCUUCAUCCCCCUCAUCCUCCUCUUCAGCCUUCUUCAGUUAUGGAGAUUUAAAGGAGCAGUGAGAGACUAAGCCAAGACAUUAAAGUGAAAAAAUACACAUUACCCUGAUAUCAAAUCAUUUUUGAAUAAAACAUUUAGUCAGAAACAGCAUUGUUGAGCACAUGAACAACCCUCCAGAAUCCAAACCAAAGGGGACCUGAGUAGACAACGGAGAGAAAGGAAAUCACACACACACAAAACCUUUUACUGACAUGUCAACAACAGCCACAAUGGGUGAAAUGGCAAACAGCGCUGUGGAGUUUUACCCCAAAGGGACACGAGGUGGGGGUGGAGGAGGAGGAAGGGCAGAUGGCAGCCAUGCAGGGGGAGACUUUGGGGUCACAGUGAAGGAGCUCAGGGAGCUGAUGGAGCUCCGAGGGGCUGAUGCCCUACAGAAGAUACAGGACAGCUAUGGAGACACAGAGGGGCUCUGUCGGCGACUACAGUCCAACACCACUGAUGGUCUCAGUGGGGAUCCGGCAGACCUGGAACGUCGGUGCCAAACCUUCGGCCAAAACUUCAUUCCGCCCAAAAAGGCCAAGACGUUCCUGGAACUUGUGUGGGAGGCCUUACAGGACGUCACACUUAUCAUUUUGGAGGCCGCUGCCAUCAUCUCCCUUGGCCUUUCCUUCUACCAGCCUCCUGGAAAAGAAACUGAAUCAUGCGGGAAUGUGUCGGCGGGUGCAGAGGAUGAAGGCGAGGCAGAUGCUGGCUGGAUUGAGGGCGCUGCCAUCCUGCUUUCUGUUGUGUGUGUUGUCUUGGUGACAGCGUUUAACGACUGGUCUAAAGAGAAGCAGUUCCGGGGUCUACAGAGUCGAAUUGAGCAAGAGCAGAAGUUCACUGUUGUGCGAAAAGGAAACGUCAUCCAGAUCCCUGUGGCUGACAUGGUGGUGGGGGACAUGGCUCAGGUCAAAUAUGGUGACCUACUGCCAGCUGAUGGUAUCUUGGUCCAAGGAAAUGAUCUGAAGAUAGAUGAGAGCUCUCUUACCGGAGAGUCUGACCAUGUACGCAAAUCUGUGGAUAAGGACCCCAUGCUUCUCUCAGGUACCCAUGUGAUGGAGGGCUCGGGGAGGAUGCUGGUGACAGCUGUUGGUGUGAACUCACAGACAGGCAUCAUCUUCACUCUCCUGGGAGCUGGAGAUGUGGAGGAAGAUGGGAAAGAGAAGAAAGAGGAGAGUACUGAGUUGCUCAUCACUACAGAUGCCAGUUACAGCACAGUCACCAAUGGAAAGCAACCUGAUGGUGCAGUGGAGAACAAUCAGAACAAAGCCAAAAAACAGGAUGGGGGAGUUGCCAUGGAGAUGCAACCUCUGAAGAGUGCAGAAGGAGGAGAGGUAGAGGACAGAGAGAAGAAGAAGACCAAUGUUCCAAAGAAAGAGAAGAGUGUGUUGCAGGGAAAGCUCACAAAGCUGGCUGUUCAGAUUGGCAAAGCAGGUUUGGUGAUGUCAGCCAUCACUGUCAUCAUUUUGGUGCUGUUCUUUGUCAUCAACACAUUUGUCGUUGAAGGUCACUCAUGGUUGCCGGAGUGUACUCCAGUCUACAUCCAGUACUUUGUCAAGUUCUUCAUCAUUGGAGUCACUGUGCUGGUUGUUGCUGUCCCAGAAGGCUUACCUCUCGCUGUCACAAUCUCUCUGGCUUACUCUGUCAAGAAAAUGAUGAAGGACAACAACCUCGUACGGCACCUUGAUGCAUGUGAGACCAUGGGUAAUGCUACGGCCAUCUGCUCUGACAAGACAGGCACCCUCACCACGAACCGCAUGACUGUAGUGCAGGCUUACAUCGGUGAUGUGCACCACCGUGUGAUCCCAGAACCUGGACAAAUCAACCCCCGGACACUGAAUCUGUUAGUCAAUGCCAUCGCAAUCAACAGUGCCUACACCUCCAAGAUCUUACCACCUGAUGUGGAAGGGGGUUUGGCAAAGCAGGUGGGCAACAAGACAGAGUGUGGCCUGCUGGGAUUUGUAUUAGACCUACAACAGGACUAUGCCCCCAUCAGAGAGCAGAUCCCUGAGGAGCGACUGUACAAGGUGUAUACAUUCAACUCAGUGCGUAAAUCCAUGAGCACGGUGAUCAAGCUGCCUGAUGGUUCCUUCCGGCUUUACAGCAAAGGAGCAUCUGAAAUCAUGUUAAAAAAGUGUUCCUACAUUCUCGAUGCCAAUGGAGAAUCCCGCAGUUUCCGCCCACGUGACAGAGAUGAGAUGGUAAAACAGGUGAUUGAGCCCAUGGCAUGUGAAGGAUUGAGGACCAUAUGCAUUGCAUACCGUGACCUUCCAUCCAAUCCGGAGCCAGAAUGGGACAACGAGGCAGAGAUAGUAACGGAGUUGACCUGCAUCACUGUAGUUGGGAUAGAGGAUCCUGUACGGCCUGAGGUGCCCGAGGCCAUCCGUAAGUGUCAGCGUGCAGGCAUUACAGUGCGGAUGGUGACUGGUGAUAACAUUAACACAGCCAGGGCCAUUGCUGCUAAAUGUGGCAUCAUCCACCCCGGAGAUGACUUUAUCUGUCUAGAGGGCAAAGACUUUAACCGACGAAUCAGGAACGAGAAAGGAGAGAUUGAACAGGAGCGUAUAGAUAAAAUCUGGCCCAAACUGCGCGUGCUGGCUCGGUCCUCACCAACUGAUAAACACACUUUGGUUAAAGGCAUCAUUGAUAGCAGCAUUGCAGAACAGAGGCAGGUUGUCGCAGUAACAGGAGACGGAACUAAUGACGGACCAGCUUUGAAGAAGGCUGAUGUGGGCUUUGCCAUGGGUAUCGCAGGGACAGACGUGGCUAAAGAGGCAUCUGACAUUAUCCUGACUGAUGACAACUUCAGCAGCAUUGUCAAGGCGGUGAUGUGGGGAAGAAACGUCUACGAUAGCAUCUCCAAGUUUCUGCAGUUCCAGCUCACCGUCAACGUAGUGGCUGUCAUUGUGGCGUUCACCGGGGCCUGUAUCACCCAGGACUCUCCCCUGAAGGCGGUGCAGAUGCUGUGGGUGAAUCUGAUCAUGGACACGUUUGCUUCUCUGGCCCUUGCUACCGAGCCCCCCACUGAGGCCCUGUUGCUACGAAAGCCUUAUGGCCGGAACAACCCGCUCAUUUCACUGACCAUGAUGAAGAACAUCCUGGGCCAUGGAGUGUACCAGCUGGUCAUCAUCUUUACCCUGUUGUUCAUAGGCGAACGAAUGUUCAACAUUGACAGUGGUCGUAAUGCUCCGCUUCACUCCCCACCCUCUGAGCACUACACCAUUAUCUUCAACACCUUUGUCCUCAUGCAGCUUUUCAACGAGAUCAAUGCUCGCAAAAUCCACGGAGAGAGAAAUGUUUUUGAUGGCAUUUUUUCUAACCCAAUCUUCUGCUCCAUUGUUCUGGGAACUUUUGCUGUGCAGAUUGUGAUUGUGCAGUUUGGAGGGAAACCCUUCAGCUGUGCUCCUCUCAACAUCGAGCAGUGGCUUUGGUGUCUGUUUGUGGGAGUUGGAGAGCUGCUCUGGGGGCAGGUGAUCGCUACAGUUCCUGCAGAGCGACUGCCGUGUUUGAAGGAGGCGGGGCUGGGACUAGAACCAGGGGAGGAGGAAGGGGAGGAGCUGGCAGAGGAUGAGGAGGAGAUCGACUGUGCAGAAAGAGAGUUGCGCCGUGGACAGAUCCUCUGGUUCAGAGGCCUCAACCGUAUCCAGACCCAGAUGCGAGUGGUGAAAGCAUUCCGUAGUUCACUGUACGAGGGCCGGGAGAAACCGGAAUCCCGCAACUCCAUCCACAACUUCAUGGUCCACCCAGAGUUCCUCAUCAAUGACCUCAUCCACAACAUCCCGCUGAUCGACGACACCGAUGUGGAUGACGAAUCAGAACUCAGCAGAUACCAGCACCUGCACCCAGCCCUCCGCAAGCCACCCCCACCUCCCACCCAGCCCCAACCCCCGGCUCGCACCCGUCCCACCCGUCCCUACCGCCAGUACAGCCUCCCGGUGACCCCAUGCAACCGAAACAACAACAACAACAGCAGCAGCAGCAGCAUUGAUUCAAUGGUCGCCUACAGCAACCGAAACAGCACCAACGCAAUCAUCACCUAUAACCGAAGCCCCCGUCAUCACCACCACCACCGCCACCAUAAUCGUCAUGGCAGGGACAGGCCGGUGAAACCCUCCACCCCCUACCCGGCCCAUCUCUACUGUGUGGAGACCUCCUUAUAACUGAGCUGAACUUGGGUUUGGGAGGCGGAUGGAAAGAGGGGGGAUGAAGUUAGGGUGAGAACGAGAGAGGGCAGAGGACACACACAUGACAUUUUCAUCUAAUCGCCCUUUCAACAAGCUCACAAGAGGGAGCGAGGGACAAGGAGGGAGUGGACAAUGGCCGGAGACUUCUGCUUACAACUCCCUGAGAACAUGUUGCCACUUUCCCUCCCUUUGCCCUUACUCCAGCCCUCUCAGUCUGACUCCCUACCUUCACCCCAGUCCCUCCCCUCCUACACCCACAAAACCAUCCAACUCAGUCUGUCAUCCCCUCCUCGUGGAACGCCACUCACCCUGCCCAGCUGCACACCGACCUCAUGCACACUCUUGUCACACACACCUGCAGGUGUGCUUUGGCAGGGUCUGAGUGGGGGUGGGGGGUGGGGCGGUGGGGGUUGGGGUGACAGACCUCCAGAAGAAAACCACACAUCCCUUAAUGCUUCAGCAGAACAAGGCCAUGCGUCUAUGGGGGCUGACUCACUCCGUUUUUAUUAGUGUUCAUCAUUAAUGUGGUUGUCACCCACUUUCCACCACCAUUUAUCUGGGUAGAUUCUGCAGCCGCUUCAAAGUCACUACUUUGCUUGUAAUAUAAGUAAAACGCUUUGUUAAAGCUUUAACAGUCAUUUCCAUUUCCCACUCAUUUAUUUUCCAACAUAAUGGUGCUCAUUUAUUUCGUUCUUAUAUAUCAUUUUAUUUCUUCUCAGAAACUUUUAGAUUUCUUUUUCUUUCAUCCCUCUUUCUCGUUCAUUGUGUGUACGUGUAUUGUCUUGUCUCUUCUGAAAAAAUUCACAAAAGCAUAACAAAACAGGUUGCUGUUCAUUUAAAUACAAUGGCUGCGACAAUGUCUAAAAGAUCAGGGCAUUUAUAUCUAUGCAUCUGUCUAUAGAUACAUAGAUGUAAAUGUUUGGGAAGCAACAACACAGAACUCAUUCAUCACUUCACUUUCUCUUUGAAUGCUGCCCCAUUAGUCCACAUGACCUGUUAUCUGGAAUAUUGCUCUGAGAUGAACAGUGUAUGAGAUGUCAUGUUAAUUUGGAUAUAUACAUGUCUACGUACUGUGUAAACUUCAUUUCCAGCCUCCUGCCAUAUCCCCAGUAUGCAUGGGGAAUAUCUGCACCUGUCACCUUGGGCAACCCCCAUGGCUGACAUCCUCUUCCAGUCCCUUCAUUUCUGUUCCGUGUCCCAUCGUCUUCUCUCUUGCUGUUCCUCCUUUGCUCAUUUUGUUGCAUUACGUCCAUGAGUUUGUCGGUGCAUGUGUGUGUGUGUGUCAGCUUUUUUCUUUUUGGAAAAAAAGCUGAAUGCUUGGGAAGCAUUAACCCUUUAAAUGCCAUCAAACACGCAAUGCACAGGCGAAGGCCCUUUAAGACUUAACGUGCACUCGGUUGGAAGCCCCUCCUGCUCAUAUUGACAUCAGGUCGUCUCUGUUACGUAACCAGUGCCCUCUGCACAGACAAAAGGAUUAUGCCAUUUUAACCUGCUCAGUGUCUCAACCACUUGCCCACGACUAAUGUCAGUGUUCACUUUUAGUUAUCAGGAACAACCAAGAAGAGCGUAUUGUAAACGUUAUUAUGUCCUUGCGCAUUCUCCUUCAUUACUAUGUACAGAUCAUUGAUUGGGAUACCUUUAAGGAUAUAAGGCUAGGUGUUUUAGCUAGUUAGCUCCGUUUAGCAUAAAGAGUUAGCCUAACUUAUUCAGAAACACCUGUAAAGCACUCCAUGACAUCUCCCUUUUAAAUUUUUGAGUUAUGCAAUUUUAUUGCUUUUGUUUUGUUCUAGGGAAACAAGCAAAAUCUUAGUUAAAGUCUGACAGCUAUUCAUCACAAUAUCUAUGAAAACAUAGUCAGGGCAAAAUAUGACACACAGAUAAGGAUCUGUAAAUGCCAUCCUAAAUGCAGAUAUAACAAUAGCAGUGAGUGAAGGCUGAUAGCGUUUGAUACAGACGUUAGGCCUAUACAUUGAUGGUUCUGUAACUUUUAAAAAACACAGGACACGUGCAGGUCAAAAUCUCUUCUCUCUUGGCUGUCAAGAGACAUCAGACUGCUACAAAGAAAGAGCAGCAUUGCGGUGACAGUGGACUGUGCUGCAGGAGGAUGUUUUAGACAGCAAACAAGAGGCACCGCUGCUCCUACACCACAAAGCGCCCAGUCCCAUAAUGGUCUCAUAGUUGUUGACACAUUAUUUCCAUUUAUUUCCACUUUAUGCUGUUUAUGUAGGCCCAAGUCUCAUUUAUUAAAUUAUUUUAAAAUUAAAACAGGAUGCAAUAAAGACUUCAGGGCUUAAAACAUCCCCAGCCAGACUCUGGACAGCAGGCCCAUGAAACAGGUAGUAAGUUUUCUUUGUGACACUAAUCUAGAUCUCUUACAGUUUUUACAACAGAGCUUUCUGAAGGUUUGCUGUUGUGUUGCCUCAUCACAUAAAAGGUGAAAGGGCAUGGAAUUUAAACUUACCGCAUUUCAUUCACUUUUCAACACACAUCCAGGAAAUAAGGCCAAAGCCUCUGGUAACAAACACAAGUAUCAACCAAGUCCUUUCCAGUUCAUAGCCCUUAAAAACAUAGCCAGCAACUACAUUACUGUACAUCUGUUCACUCUUCAAUAUGUCAUGACAUGGUGUGAUCCAGUGCAGAAGGAGAUAUAAUGACUCAACUCUGCUAAUCGUCAUAGAAAACUCAAUUUCAGUGUCAAAAAAUAGAACAGCUCACUAGUGCUUAAAAAAACAAUUAACCACAAUUACCCAUAUAAAAAACCAUCUGGUUAGACAUUGCAUACAGUGAAGUAAAUGUAGGCUUGCUAAACUGGCAACCAAUCAUCAAAAUUUUGAGAAUCCCUAAGAGAAAUGGUUAGCAGCAAUUAUAAAGCUCACAGGUUAGAUGUUAACUGUUUCCAGUCUUUAUGUCAAGCUAAGCUAAACUAAGCUAACUUCCUGCUGCACCCAUGCCUUUAUCUAACUCCCCACAAGAAACCCAGUCAGCCACUUUGCCACUGACAUUAUGUCUAAGCUGCCAACCUAAAAGGCCAUAACACACUACAUGAGCACACAGCCCGCCGAAAACAACAAAAGAAGAGAAAAAAAAUCAGAUAUCCACCAUAGUGACGACACCCAUGACAUCACCUCCACCUUGACAUUCCAUGGAACAUACAUUCCAAACAUCACAUUCCAGAGCGGCUGUGAGAGUGCCCUCCUGUAUCCCAUAUUGUACUAGGUGUGGGUGGACCGCUGACUUCAUGUUGCCUCAGAGUGUGACACCUCAAAGCAAUGCAAACCCCUGCUACCUCCCCUCUCUCCUUCCCUUCCUCUGCCCCUGCACCUCCCUCGCGGCUGACUUGUCCCACCGCCAGACUAAGGCAAGGGCAGAUGAUAUGCAAAAGACUGCCAUGUUGACAAACGCACCCAGCCGUAGGAUUAAAACCACAGUGAGAACGCAUCUGUCCUGCUAGUUCUGUUUCAGGAAGCGCGCAGGGCUUUCUGGGAACACCCUUACCUGUACAGAACUCUUGUCUUCUGAAUGCUCAUCAUCAUCGUCACCACCUUAAACCGACCCGAGCUGGGUGGGGCAGGCGGUGACACUGUAUUGGUCUGUCUGUUUUGAAGCAUGCAUUUGGUAUCAUUAAUGUCACUCUUUAUGUGUUGGUAAGUCAUUUAGGUUACUGAUCUCUCCACAUCUGCUCUCUUCCUCUCUCUCACUCUCUUUCUGUCUCUCACACAAACAGACACACACGCACGCAUGCGCACAUCCUGUUCAAGUCUCCUCUAUUUCAGUACAGCUACAUCAGUGCUUUUUUCUGUAUGUAUGAAAACACGCACACACACACACACACACACACACACACACACACACACACACACACACCAGACUACAGGGUGAUAAUCUCCAGUGGUGUAAAUUUGAUUGUCCAGCCAUCUCUAUCCAUCUGUCCAGCCAUGUUACAUCAUGAUGUUGUGAGCCAGAUUCACAAAAGACAAAACAAUGUGAAGAAAAAUAUAUUUAUCAGAAUUAUUUAUCAAAAUUAUAAAUUGUACAACUGCACCACAAUUGUACAGAUCGCCCAAAUGUGCACAUGUGCAUCUUUGAUUUACAGGUACUAUGUUCCUGUUACACUUUUUUUUAAAUGUUUCUUUCUUUUAUUCCAAUUGCUUUUUGUAAAGAGAGGAACAACAAAACGGAAGCGCUUGUAUUAUAUUGUUAUUAUUAUGAUUAUUACUCUUGAUUUUCUCCACCGGUGCUCCCACUGAUGGAAAGACAGUUGCACAUUCUCCUGAGCAUAUUCUGAGGGCUGUGUUUUCUGUCCAGUGAACAGCCCCUGAAGUGUGCAGAGGUGCAGAGAUGCUUACAGUCUCUUAAGACCAGAGACACCACUCUGUAAAUAGAGAACAGGAGAUACAAAUGUACCUCAUUAUAGUCUGAAGGACUGGACAAAGUGGGGACCCAGAGAGGAUGGAGAAUCAGAAGGCGAUGCAGAGCUAGAGACUGCAGAAGUGCAGUGCUUCCAUGUGCUGUUUAGGCUGCUCUUUUAGAUCUGCCACCAGUAUUUACUGCCAUGUUACCACAGGAACGAAUGAAGGCUUUUACAUUAUUCAUUAUACAUACUACUGUAAAUAUUAUGUGUGGAAUGGUCCCCCUUCUUGCACAAAGCAGUCCUGUUCUGCAGACAGAAAAUGCAGCCUUAACUGUGCUGAAAUUAAAAAAGACCAAAAAAAAAACAUGAAGACUAUUGAAUAUAUUAAAGAGUUACCUGCCUGUUAUUUAAGCGAAUAAAUAUCUAUAUAUGAGAAAGAACACACCUGUAUACUGUAGACUAAGUCUGUAUGGAAAUCUAAGAGAAUUUAAUGGAAAUUAAGUCCAACACCUUUUGUCUGUAUGAAAGAAAAAAAUACAUCAAAGUAUUCUACAAUAAUAACUUUGACAAAGUU